UGAGGAGUAUUAUCGAUUCGCCGGGGCUCGUGAGUUAACGGUUUGUUUACACGAGCGCGGGGUCGGAGGGGCGCCGGACAGGCAGAGUGGGACAAGCGACGCGCAUGCGCCGCCCGACCAAAACAAUAAUAACAGAGUAGAAGGUUCAUGGCUGGCGGACGCGAACGGACCGCUCGCUCUUCGCUCUUUCGAACUCGUUCAAGCCUGUCGUAGACUUCGCUCGCGUGCGCGAAGAGAGUUGGCCUGUCGCGCGAAACAGUAAAUAACGACGGGGAACGCGAGUACGCGAAACAAGAGAGAGAGAGAUAGAGAGAGCGCGAACAUUUAACACUAACGUGCCGUGUGUACAUUCUGUUAUUCGAGAAGUGCGUCGACAAUCCGAUAUAUUUGAAUUUUCUCCGGCGGAGAACAAGUAUCGUGGAAUUAUCUCAAAGCGGAGUAUCAAGACUACCUCGAAAUCUGUGAGCAGAGUACGCCGGUAAUCAAGCGAUACUCGAGUCGAAAUUCUACGAGGCGUGCCUGCUUCGAUUAAUUUCGUCACAACCGUGAGAAACAAGGAUAAGCCGCGUACGGAAUUGUAAUAACUACCUCGAUAGAAAAAGAAUAAGAGAUACAAGGUAUAGUAAGACAUUCUCGAACUCUGACAUAUAUAUAUAUAUAUAUAUAUAUAUAUAUAUAUAUAUAUAUAUAUAUACAUAUAUACAUAUAUUUAAUUCGAAAGUGGGAGUGCGCGAGAUACUAUCUUCCCGUCGAGGCGAAUCAUCAAUUCGCUCUCACCGCGCACGGAUUCUCUUUCUCUCCCCUGGUGCGUUACCUCAUCGGAGCGGGAUCGGUGCGUGUGACGAGCGUAUGCGCGCGUUGUGCAACCCGUCAUCCUGAUUCGUCGUCGAGGUGAGAGAGAAAGAGAGAGAGAGAGAGAGAGAAAACGUCGAGGAUUCGGGCGUUCGAUCGUCUCUGGAAGCAAAACAAUGCGCUGCUGGUGUAACAUGUAGCGUCGCUCCAUUUGCGUGUAUGUGCGCUGCGUACCUGUGUGUUUACGUACCUGCUGCGCGGCGCGCUAGUGUGCGUUUGUUUAUGCGCGUAGAUUAGCCGCGCGACAUUCAUUCAACAGCCGGACGCGCUUCGAGGCACGACUCUUGUCAUCAUCGUCGUCGUCGUCUAUCAUUUCGAAAGUAACCGAGUAAGAGUGCGUAUAUACAUUAAGUGAAAGAGAGUAAAGAGGGUGUCGUCUCUCGCGCGUAUUUAUUCGGUGAAUCACGCACCGUCCGAUUACGCACGGUCACGUCGCCGGAUACGACGAAUAUAUACACGCGCCGCGCCGUAUAUUAUUGUUGACGUGUCGGCGGCGAGAGGGAGAAUUAGACGAGAGCGGCUCGAGUUAAUUAUCGGAGAACGACAACGGGUAUCCUUUCGUCGUGGGAGAAGGAGAAGAAGGAGAAGUAGUCUCUCGCAGUAAGGUUUUCCUCAUUUGGAAGAAAGUCUUUCCGGUAUUUCCGAUUGUUGACAACGGUGUUUUUCCGCAGGAAGAGAUUACACACAGUGUUUUCUGUCUUUCUCUUUCUACCUUCACAAUUGUCCGUCCGUGUUGUGCCGAGAGAACGUCGACCCACGUAAACAUCGGCGUGGGAGAAAGAGAAAGAGACGUUCGCCAGCGCAGAGAGAGAGAGACAGCGGCGGAGCAUCGAAGUCUAGAAAGAGAGAGAACAACAACAGAGGGAGAGAGAGAGAGAGAAACCCGUCCAGGUAUCCAUUGCACAUUUACUACAAAGCAGUGGUAAGCUUGUAGCGCAAAUAUCCGUGCUUUCGCUAUAAAUAUAAACAGACUGUAAGAAAAUGCCGAGCGCUGAGGAGACGACGUAUCUGAUCGGUGUGAUGCCGGACGGUGCAGCGCAAGCGGACGCAUUCCUGACGCGCGACGUCGACCUGCUGGUGUCGCAGAUCAAGGAGAAUCUGCGGCUGUCUAGCCUGAAGGCCAAGUCCAGCGUCAGUCAUAAGAACAGUCGACCGUCGCCGUACCGAAUACCGGCGCGUUCCUGGGCGGACCCGGCGGCCGGUUGUGAGGUUUGCGGCCUGCGAUCCAACAGCCAGUCUCACCAGCAUCAACAACAGCACGUUACCGGCGGUCACCAUCAUCAUUAUCACAGCCACCUGAAGAGGAACGAGAGGAACAGGGUGGACGAUGAUCCGUACGAGGUGCUGCAGGAGUUACUGCGCGAGGGCGGACUUAUCAAGGAAGCGGUCAAGAGGUUGCAAGCGAACCUCGACGAGCUCUCGAGCUCGGAGGUGGAUGAAGACGAGGAAGUGGACGAUGAGGACGACGAGCAGCGGUCCAACGGCGGAUACCGCAGAAAACCUUAUUUCUACGAUUCCGAAGACGAGCCGCUACCACCGAUGUACAAGACCCUGGAACUGUGAGUCAUCCCCAGCGGGAGUGCUUGAAAAGAAUCUUCUCUGACAUUUUUUCUCAUUCUUGCCGUGAAUGGCAUUUUUGAAUACUACUUUGUUGGAAAUUACAGGCAUUUCUCCGAAAUGAUCCGUUUUCCUUUGUGAUUUGGGACGACAAAUUGUUUAAAAAGUGGCUUGAGAUGUCUACGAAAAGAAAAACACGUUCCCUUCAUUCUGUCGGAAAAAAACGUGGGAGUCAACGUUAUGAACGGUGAGAAACGCGAGCGCGACCGUAGACACAAUUAGGCGAGAACUCGCCUUACAUGGCCGUGUUUGUAAAUACACUGCGUUGUCGGCGCUGCGCGUUAAAAAGCUCGCUUCGUAAUGCCUCGGCCGAGAUCGCCGUCGUCGUAUCGACGCUCGACGCGGCUCUACGUGGAAGAUUCAUGGCUGCGAGCCACUCGCGCGGAUCCGUCACCGUGGACAUGCGUGUGUACGCGGAGAUGUUCCUUUCCCAUAACAUAUUGCUCUAUACUGUGUCAGCGGUAUAUUGAUCCGUAUCUCAAAUAAAUAAUUAUCGCUGGCGAUAAUUAUUAAUUUUUUAUUAAUAACGAUUUGGUGCGUCUAUUGUAAGAAUCCAUGUGCGAAAUUUUCGUUUCCAGAGCGGGGCUCUAUAUUACGUUUGUUGACGUCCAAAAUUAUCGAAAAAUAUCGCCGGCAAUAAUCAUAGCACACGCGCAAAAUGUACUUCUUUAUGUAUUUUUGAAGGGAAAAUGAUUCUCGCAUUAUUUUUUUACAUGGUCAUUGUUUAUUGUUUAUUUUUUUUAAAUAUAUACUGACAAUAUCGUUACCACAGUAUAGAGUACUACAACAGCUGAUUUGUUGCGAAACUCUUGAUUAUUGCUUCAAGUAAAUGAAUUUUUGUAGAUACAGAGAAGAAAGAUUAAAAAAUUAUGCACUAUGAUAUUAUUAUUCGUAUACUUUUUUUAUUUAAUGAAAAGUUUUGCUGAUUAAAGAUUUAUUAUAUUUUCAUAUUUAUAUACACAUACAUUUAUUUUGAAUAAUAUUUUUAGAAAUUGGAUCAAUUGGUUAUUUCUUUUGAUAUUUGAAGAAUUUAUCUAAACAUCAUCGCAUGUUCGGACUCCUCUCGUGCAAUUGUUUAGUUUGGAUUGCAUCAGAAUUCUGUGUUAACUAAUUUCUAAGCCAGAUGACGUCGUUGUUUUCAUUACAGCAUUAGACGAAGAAAGAAAGAUUUAGUCAAUGGCUCGCACUAAUGACUUCAUAGUUUAAACAAAAAAUAACGAUCAUAUUACGGUAUAUCUAUAAUAGAAAGUCUCUUUUUAUGCUGUAUUUUACCGUCCAUGUUGACACAUACGUUCUCUCCUUCUUUCUCACACAAUCCCUUCUACCUCGGCCAUCUAUUUUUUUUCUUUCCCACCGAUUUCCCCGCAACAUGAACAUUAUCUACAUCUUUGACAUUUUACAUCUCUUUGUUAAUACUCGUCAAAGUUGCCCUAAACGAUAUAUUAUAAUUAAACAGAAUCCUAUAUAAAUUUUUUUUAAUUUUAAAAUUGUGACAAGUCUGAGAAUUUCAUUUAAUUUCAUUUUUUUUUUUUUUUUUUUACAAUUUCAUAAAUAAACGAAUUUAUAUUCUCAACUAGACUUCCAUUUGUACAAAUCUCAUUGUCAAUUCAAUUCUCAUGGUAUAUUCUCGCAGACGUAAGUAUUUUCGUGUAAAUUUUCGCGUCGACCUCUUUUUAUUCUCUUUGCUAUUCUCGCUGCUUUCACCGAACAACAAUAUUUUGUAUCUUUAAGGACGCAGCUGGAAAGUAGACCGAACUAACAAUAAGUUAUCAAAAUUGAUCUCGUCUCGAUCGGCUCGUCGAUUGUCGCGCAUAUCAUGAAAAAAUAAAUGUGAUAAAUAUGUAUCUUUCUCUCUCAACAAUUAUGUCUCCAAUAUCUCCGUCACACAAUGCAAAGAUAUCAAUAGUCGUUGAUAGAUUUCUGGCGUGAUUUAAUAAUCGCAAUUCUCAAUUGCUCAAACUGUGACAUAUCUAGGCGGAACUGGGUAUUCUAACAUUAUAUAAAAUUUUCUUUCUUUUAUUUUCUUUUGUUUUUUGAAAGAGAGGCUACGAGACAAUUCGCCUUUAUUGCGCUAUGUAACUUGCGAGUUUCUUUGCGGGUGAUAUUUUCAUUCUCUAACGGAAACUCUAUUUAUAGAGCAUCUACACGAGUUCUCGCGUGAGAUAAUAAUUCGACGCGUUUGCUAAGUAAAUCAAUAAAUGAGCACAAGAUUCGCAGUGUUUACCUCGUAGGAAACUCGAUGACGGAAUCUCAGACUGUAUUACGUUUCGCAUUUUAAGGACUAGAGAGUUCUCGCGGUAUCGCACUUCGAAUACACCAAGUACACUUAUUGUUAGUAGAUUCGACAAGAGGGAAAUUGUUGGCGAACCGUAAUAAUUAUAAACUAAUUAACAAUUUUUGUUUAGAUACUUGCGUGUGAUAUCCGAAGUAUAACAUUGUAAAGAGAUUUUUUUAUGUACCGAAUUGCGAUCGUUAUCUUUUGAAAUUAGACUAUGAAGAACUAUCAGUGCAGAGUAAACAAACUCUAAUUAUAAUACAAAUAUAAUUAUAUCAUAUUAAAUAAAUACAAUUGUACUCAUUAAUUUUGUUCGAUAAACCUACUAAAUCUUUCUUUCUUCAUCUGAUAUAAUCGAGAGCGAGAUAUAAUCGAGCUAAAGUAGGUGUUUGGCUUACUCGAAAUUAGUUAAUAAAUUUCUGAUGCAAUCCAAAUUAAAUGAUCGAAAUGAGAUGAAGUUUAGAUUAACUCUUUAAAUAUCGAAGGAAAUAACCAAUUGAUCUAAUUUCUGAAAAUAUUAUUUGAAAUGUAUGUGUGUGUUUGUAAACUAACAUAUAAUUAAUAAUAAUUUUAGAACAUUGAAGAAAUAAUAAAUCUUUAGAAAUAAUUAAAGAAAUAAAUCAGCAGAAAAUGUUUCAUUAAAUAAAAUAUAUUAUACGAAUAAUAAUACCACAGUAUGUAAUAAUAACCUUUAGGUUUAUAGAUAUAUAUAUAUGUAUAUCUCUUUUUCUGUGCAUGUUUUAGUGCAUAGCUACUUAUCGCUAUUGAUCGCUAUACAUAGGAGAGACAUACUGUCGAUGUUACAUACACAUUGAACCCACACAUGUAAGAUCAUUGUACGCGACGUGAUAGUUUCCAUUGUCGCGUGAUUCGAUUCGCGAGUCUGAAUAAAAAUAAGAUCCAUAUCUGUAGUAAAGAUCCUCACGGGAACAGCUGUGUGACGUCACGAGCCGACAAUUAUAUAUAUAUAUAUAUAUAUAUAUAUAUAUAUAUAUAUCGAAGGCGAUUACUAUUUCACGUGUGAUAUUGCUACUUAUUAAUACCGUUCGCGUGAAAAAAUCGCGGCCUUAGUUUUAUUCUUAAAUCUCGCAAUCAAUUCUUAGAAACUUUCGAUUAUUCCGGGGCGCGCGUGACGUCACAACUGCAGCGUCCGGGAUUUUAUUAUAUAUAGACGGCGAUGGUAAAAUGCGGUCGUGACACGGUGACGUAAUAAAACAGCAUACUUGUACGUAGCGAUACGAAGCGACUAAGAAACGAUCAUUCGUGGCUUCGGCGUUGAUUUCCGACAACGUUCGUCGCCUUAUCCGACUAAUUAGAUAAGUUUAGCAAUUAGUACAUAUUGCGCGUACCUACUGCGAGCGGAUUGAACGAAUUGCGUCAGGAUUCCACAGUUUUGACAAGGAUACUUGUAUGCGUAUACGAGUGUGUGUGUGUGUGUAUUGUAUAUAUGUGUGCGAGAGUGUGCGUGGGAAAGUUGUACAUUGGUCAUUUCUUUGUCUCUUUUUUUUACGAUUACGAGUGAACGCAAUCCUUCGUUCUUUUCUAAGUUCGUCAUUAAGGAUCGUGCAUUAUGAAAACUAUAUCUCGUUGUGAUCGUUGGACUUGCAAGUCCGACAAGUCUUAAUUAUAAAAUAAAGAAGUUCAAAGUUUCAA